UGGAUGAAAGGUGAGAAUAUCAAAGUAAGAUAUGAUCUUCAUUCUAUAAUACGAAGUUGUGCAAUAUCACAUGGUACAUCUGAAUUUUGGGAGUAUGCAUUUCAAAAUUAUUUAAAAGGCGGCACUCAAAAAUAUAGUAUCCUCAUGUCUUUAACGGAAACGAAAAGCAAAACAAUUUUGCAAAGACUUUUAAACUAUACUCUUGAUACGAAUAUAAUUGGAUGGGAAGACUCACCUUAUGUAUUAGGUAGCAUAGCAAGUAACAGUCGCGUUGGUCGUGAGUUAACAUGGGAUUUUAUUAAGAAAAACAUUAAUAUGUUUCUGCAAAGGUAUGAAAAUGAACUGUUUCUUUUACCAAAGUUAUUGAGUGGUGUAAUUAACAGUUUUACUACUAAUGAAGAUCUAAGAGAUAUUGAACUUUUUUUCAACCACAAUAUGGACAUGAAGAGUGGAAAACAAGCAGUAAAACAGUCCAUUGAAAACAUCAAAUCAAAGUUAGAGUGGAAAAAAAAAAACGAAGAAGAUCUUAAUCGUUGGGUAUCGGAGAAUGCUUUCUAACUCCUGCUGGAGUUGAAUUUUUUUGACGUCAAUUGUGCUCUCUGUAAAUCAGCAAAAUUGUUUUUUUUUUUUUAAUUGUUGUCAAGUUGUUAAGAGAAUAACUAUUUUAUAUUAAUAACUAGA